AAGCAAGUCGAGUAGGAUCAAAGGAAAAAAACAGAAAAAAACAGAUUGAUGCAGUAAAACAAUAAAAAUAUAUACUUAGCCUUAGGACAAACAAGUGCAGGAAGUGUUAGUGGAUUUGUGAAUAAUAUUAUAAUCGGAGUUAAAUGGAUUGAUCUGCAUCAAUACAACAAAAUCUCUUUAUCGAUUCUCUGAAUUUUCUUUUUGUAUUAUUGAUUUUUUCCUAUUGUCCCUUUUUUUUGCAUAAAUUCGCAAAUUCGUUGUCUGGGUCAUUUAAUUUUCGCUAUGAUGACGAUACAGAUGAAGUCAGAUAUUGUAACGGAUCGUAUAAUGAGUGGCAGUACUUCUAUAAUAAAUGGUAUCAAUCACAAGACCAGCAAUGAUAGCUCUCCGACUUCAACAUCGAAUCCUAAAAAACGUUCAGCAGAUUCUCCCAAAACAUCGUCUCGAAAGCGACGUAAAGGAAAUGGUUCAGGAUCAUCAAACCAAGAACCACAACCAAAAAAUGCUGUGGCAAUACUCAAUGAAUUGAAAAAGAAUUUAGUGUAUGAGCUGGAAUCUCAAGAGGGACCAUACCAUGCGCCUGUCUUCACAAUGUCGGUCAUGGUUGAUGGGCAGAAAUAUGUCGGUCAGGGAAAGUCGAAAAAGUUAGCGCGCAUCGAUGCGGCUAGCAGUGCACUACGCGAUUUCAUUCAGUUUAAAGAUCAGCAAAUAAAGAACGGUGUCAUUGGUAUAAAUAGUCGUUUAUCGUCCAAUUCAUUAUCAGGCAUCAGCUCAAAUUUAAAUAACAAUCUUGAUUUUACGAGCGAUGAGCACAUUGAGAAUACUGGUAUUUUAAGUUCUAAUUCCAUUAAAAUAAGCGACACAGUCAGUAAUUCGAUAAACAAUCAGACCAACACAUUAGAGGAUGACAAUUUAGUUAAGAAAAUUCAACAAAGUUUAGAAUAAAUCAGCAAAUCGAUUGUAAGCUCAAAUUGUCAGAACAAGAUGACGACAGAGAAAGGCCCGGUGAUGCUUCUCUAUGAGUUAUUCACAGAUAUCAAUUUUAGUUGCACACAAACGAUUGGACCGCAACACGCAAAAUUCAAGACACAAGUGACUGUGAAUGGAUGUCAAUUUGAAGGAACUGGUCCUUCAAAAAAACUGUCAAAGAAUGCCGCAGCAAAAGCUGCUCUCGCUUCUUUAUGUGACAUUUCAUUCAGUCCGUUGAAUCAAAAGGGUCUUCUACCGGUUAAUACAAACAUAGAGACCGAUUCAAGUGAUGAUGUCAACAGCACUGAGCCAAAGAAAAGCAACCUUAAUGUUGAGUUGCAACAAACAUUCGCAGAUGUGAUUGGUCGUUUAGUGUCAACAAAAUACGAAGAGCUGAUGGUUGGAAAUGAGGUUUAUGCACGAAGAAAAGUCCUUGCUGGUAUCGUCAUGACUGCUGGCAGUGAUAUUAAAUCAGCAAAAGUUAUAACAGUAACAACAGGAACAAAAUGUAUUAGCGGUGAAUACAUUAGUGAACAUGGACUUGCUGUUAACGAUUCACAUGCAGAAAUUGUUGCGAGACGUUGUUUCAUCAACUUCAUUUAUGAUCAAUUGGAGUUGCACUUAAAGUCAGAAACAGUGAAGGAAUCUGUGUUCAUGAAGCCAACAGCAAACUGUCCAUUGUAUCGUUUAAAAGACAAUAUUCAAUUUCAUCUCUAUAUAAAUACAGCACCAUGUGGUGAUGCUCGCGUCUUUUCACCUCAUGAAAAUGAUCAAGCACUGGAUAAGCAUCCGAAUCGAAAAGCUCGUGGUCAGCUUCGAACAAAGGUUGAGUCAGGUGAAGGCACAAUACCAGUCAAAAAUUGUGAUGGUAUCCAGACGUGGGAUGGUGUCUUAAAUGGUCAACGACUUUUGACAAUGUCAUGUUCAGAUAAAAUUGCUCGAUGGAACGUGCUGGGCUUGCAAGGUGCACUCCUUUCUUCCAUUGUGCAACCAGUUUAUCUGCACUCCAUUGUUUUAGGAUCGUUGCUUCAUCCAAAUCAUAUGUACCGCGCAAUAGCUGGUCGUUUGGAGAAAUCAAUUCAAGCACUUCCACCGCCUUAUCGUCUUAACAUACCAAAGUUAGCACUUGUGACAUCAUCCGAAGCAAGAUGUCAGUUAAAACCACCAAAUUAUUCUGUUAAUUGGGUUAUUUGCAAUUCAAAUGAUAAAGUGGAAAUUAUAAAUAGUUUCACAGGAAAAACAGUUUGCAAUCGGUAUUCGAGACUUACAAAGCAAAGUAUGUUUCGACGCUUUGCACGCAUUACAAGUCAAUUACCAGGCAUUGUUAAUCGCUCCAUAGAGAAAGAUUAUGCAGAAGAGAAAGCAACUGCUAUCGAUUAUCAGAAUGCAAAACGUGAACUUAUCUCAGCAUUUCAUCGGGAAGAGUUAGGCAAUUGGUUAAAAAAACCCAUCGAACAAGAUCAAUUCCCAUUGUUGUCGAAUGAAAAAUGACUAACUUCAGCUGCUGAUGAUAAUAUUUUAAGAAUUUUUCUCAAAGUUUUUCUCUUUCUCUUCUUGUCUUCUUUCAAUUGUAAAGACAACGGUACUAAUAUAAGAUAUUUUAGUGAUCAUACUGGGCUUUUCAACAGGAUCUCAACAACAUCAGGCAACAUCAACAACAAUUAUAAUUAUUCUCAUUAUUAUCAUUAUUGUUAUAAUUAUCGUUCUUGCUCUCUCAAUAAUCGUAUUCCAAUGAUAUUAGCUUUAGAAUGUUAUUUAUUAGAAUAGAUUAAAAGUGGGCAAGUGGGCCAGAAGCAAACAGUUUUUAAUGUCUCCUACUUCGUGAAAGUUGUAGUAAAGAUUGAUAGUAUCACAGUAAGUUUUUUUUAUUGGAGUUUGAUUGUCAUUGCGGGAGGAUUCUGAUAUUCAUCAGAUAAAUAAAAUGUGAAAAAAACAUUCUUGUUAGGUAUGUCAAAUGUGACGUGGACAUUAAUUGGUGAAUAAUCAUUAUUCAAUAAUGUAGUAAUACUUAUAUUAAGUAUUAUUUUAAAAAUGUAGCUUUUAAAAAGUCUCUUUUCAUUUUGUGUGUUUGUUGAUAAUUGACGAAGCUUUUAGCAGUCUUAGAAUUAUCAGAAGAAUAAAAUUUGUUUUGACUUUUAAUUAAUUCGAUGAAUCUGCAUAAUAUUAAGGACAAAAUGGAAAUUAAUUCUUAUUGCUGAGUUACGUGAUUUUAUUCAAUAAAUAUUUAGGUGUUUGGAAUUAUUUACGGAUAAGCAAAAAUAUGUUAAGAAAACAAACAUUUGAAACAUUUUAAUAUUGAAAAAUAAUUUGAUGUCACAGCAUUAAAGUGCUAGCGAACACAUAAAAAUUAAUUUGUUUUUAAAUUGAAUAUUUUCACGUGAUUUAAAAAUAUAAAAUUUCCAUCAAAAAGAAAUAUCAAUCAAACGAUUUGAAGACAAUUAUCUAGCAAACUAUGUUUAUGCAGAGUCACUCUGCAUAAACAAUUGUUAAAUUUUAAAAUUUGAAAUUGAAAAGAAAAGUAAAAUUCUUCUGUGAUACUAAUUAAUUUUUUUUACUGCAAAAGAACAUAAAUAAAAAGAAGACAAGCAAUAAUCUCGAUAUAAAAUUGAAUGUUUGAAAGUUUUCCAUCUUAUCGAAUGCUUCAUUCGAUUUGUUAGUUGUUCGUGGAAAUUAUCUAAAUGAAAAACUUUUGCUUCCAUGAUAUUUAAUAGAAUUAAUAGAAAAAAAGUAAAAUAUGAAACUAAUCCAACGAAACUAAUUUAUUAAUGAAAUAAUUCACAGUUCUUUCUCCAAUUUGAACUUCAAAGAAGUUUUCUAAAUAUAUACACCAAGAUAAAGUUUGAUGACAUUUUACUCCAUUCUUUAAAUAAUUUUAGAGCUAAUAUUAUUGAUAUGUCCACCAAAGUGUGAUGAUCAUAUAAUGCUUUAUAACUGAACAUAAGUUUUAUUCAAGUAGUACCCUUAGUAAAAGAAAAUGCAUAAAAUUUCCGUCUCCCGUCGAUCAAAGAUCGGUUGAAGUCUUUGUGGUAAAUUUGUUUUUGAUCAUGAGAUCUCGUGAGAUAGCAUUGUUCAAUAUUUGAAUCUCUUUUAAGUAGCGCUUUGUUAAACUUUUAUGCUAUCGAUAUAUGUAACUUCUUUCCUCUAUAUCUAUCAACUAUUUGAAAUCAAACUAAAUUUCAACUUAAAAACCAAAGAUUGUUAAUUAAAACAUUUUUGCUCAAAACAUUUUAUUCAAGACAUUUAAUAACUUUUAUCCCUUUAAGAUUCACGUAAGUUUUAGAAGAAACUUAUCUACACCGGAGGAAAGGUUUUUCGGCUGAAAAGAAUAAUAAAUAAAGUAAAAACUGAAUGAACAAUUAAUUUAAAAAAAGAAAUCUUAGCAUAUAGUUUCUCUAGGUUGUGAUAGAAUUUAAUUGAACAAAAAUGAAACUUAUGAUAUUUAUUUUUAUCGAAAAUAAAUUAAUAAUAAAGCAAAAUUGUUAGAAAAGAUUUAACGUAAAAUUUGGCGAUCUUGUUGAAGGCUCCGUCUUGAAAUGGUGUCAGAAAAAUAAGAUCAAGAAAAAGUAUGAAUAUAUAGAUUCCAAUAUCUAACUAAAUAAUAAGUAAUGUUCGCAUAGCGAUUUCUAUAAUAAUUUACUUAGACGAUUUCAAAUCCAUAGAUUCUAAACAUCAAUAAUCUGUUCUGGCAUCAUCAAAACGAAACCUCUGAAUUGGCCUCAGCCAAAAUUUGAAAUAAUUAAUUGAUUAAACAAAAUGAAACUUUUUAAAGGCAGCAAAAAUUGCCAUUUUAAAAAUAAAAAUAAAAGAAAAAAUUAAAUUAAAUUCGCAUUCAUUAUCAAAGACAUAAAAGAAAAUUGUUGACAUGUUUAUUGAAUAUAUGAUGGAUAAAGCUUGAGAAAAGGAAAUAGAAAAAUGUCUUCAAAAAUUCAAUAAAAAUUUCACUCAAAAUAAAAGCAAUUUUUGAUGAUAUGUUUUAACUCUACCUAACUAGUCGUUAAUAAAAUUCCGAUUCAAUUAAAAUAACUUGAUUUUCUAUAAAAUCAUUUCUAUAGUAUUGUAAUGAAGAAAUGAAGAUUACUAACGAGCAAUACUAUCGCUGAAAUAAACUUCAAAUCCAUAAAAUUUGCAUAUUUUGACUAAAUAAAUCUUAAAGAAGUGUUGAUAGACAA